AUGGAAUGCAACAAGGAUGAGGCCAUAAUAGCUAAAGAGAUGGCAGAAAAGAAAUUUCUCGAAGGGGACUUUCAAGGAGCCAAAAGGAUGGCUUCGAAGGCUCACAGCCUCUUUCCCGGACUGGAUGGAUUGUCGCAGUUUAUUGAGAUCAUCCAUAUACACAUUGCUAGCAGCCACAAGAUACAGGACGCUCCUGAUUAUUACGGCAUAUUGGGAGUUGAUUCAUCGGCUGAUGAUGAUACACUGAGGAGACAGUACCGAAGAAUGGCCCUCACCCUGCACCCUGAUAAGAACAAGUCAGUAGGGGCAGACGGUGCAUUUCAGAUACUGUCGGAGGCGUGGAGUGUACUGUCAGAAAAGGAGAGCAGAAAUGCAUAUAAUUUGAGGAUCAGUGUACUGCCUCGGAGCCAGAGCGGCAGUGUUGCUUCAACAAGAACACCGUAUACAACUUUUUCAACUUCUAUUCGUCACGGACAAACUUCUCCAUGGUCUACAGCAAGUCCGCAGUACGGCUUUCCUGCAGUACUGCUGAUAAAUCCACAAUACAUGAGCUAUGGUGUGCCUUUCACUCAGGGAUUUUUUGCAGGAUUUUUAAAUCCAAUUUUUCAAGGUAAUAGAGCAUACUAUUACCAGAAUCCAUCCCAAAGAAGUUGGAAUUAUGGAUUCACUGCGGUCCCCUAUUCAAUGUAUCCGCCAGUGGGAAUGCAUAAUCCAGUUCAACCUCAAAUGUCUUCAACGAUCGCAACUGCAGCCGACUUUUUUUCUUCACAUUCAGCUGCUCAUUAUGGUAAUGCUCCGAAUACAGCCCAGUCGAGGUCGACUGCUAACCAGCAAAGACCAGAUUCAUUUUUGAGUUCAUGCAGUUGGUGCAAAACACAUUAUGUAUGCCGUAAUGUGUACCUAAAUGAAUUUCUGGAGUGUCCUCAGUGCAAAAAGGUUUUUAGGGCAAUGCAGAUUCCUGCUCCUAACAUAAAAGCCCGAGGCUCACGCUAUUGGAAUCUCUAUCGACACACUGAGGAUCUAUCGACCUUCUUGAAUCGUUGGAGAAGUGUGCCAUCAUCUGUUCCUGAAAACUGCAGAGACAUUCCUCCGGGGAUCGUGGAACCAACUACAACUCCCAGUUCUUCAUCCAGAAAUCCAUUAAUGGAGGAACCGAUGAAGAACCUUGAUGGUGAUUGCUCAACAAGUACAGAAGGAGCUGGAACGAAGCCUGGUCUUUGUAGCCAGAAUUUGGGGAAACCAGAGAGCCUCAUAGGAGCAGAUGUUCAGAAGGGAGAAAGUGUAACAUUCCAGGCAUGUUCUGUAAAAGUGAAUGUCAAUAAUCCUGGCCCUGCGAAGAACAAACAACCGACGAAGUCCCAUACCAAGGGGCUAUCACAUAUGGAAGUAAAAAUGGAGAGGAAGGAACUUGUACGCCAGUUCAAGAAAUUGGACAUAGAAAAAAAUUCAUCGAAGAAAUUUCACAAUGAAGAUCCUGAGAAAAGGAGUGGUGGCACAUUCUCUGAUCUAAAUGCGAAAGCUCAUGAUGUAGAAGCCUGUCUCGAUGAAACUCUAUCAAUGUCUGUGCCUGAUGCCAACUUCCACAAUUUCGACAAUGAAAGAGUGGAGAGUUCCUUCUCAAACAAUCAGGUUUGGGCUGCAUAUGACGACGAUGAUGGUAUGCCUCGAUAUUAUGCCUUGGUUCAUAACUUGAUUUCAAGAUCACCUUUUCAACUCGAAAUCUGUUGGUUGAAGUCGAAAUCCACAACUGAGUUUGGAUCAUUUGAGUGGAUUUCUUCUGGAUUCACAAAGACCAUUGGAAAUUUCUGGGUAGGGAAACCAAUAAAAAUAAGCAGGUUAAAUUCAUUCUCUCAUCCAAUGAGAUCGAAAAAGGGUCCGAGAGGAGUGAUCCAUAUCUUUCCAGCAAAAGGAGAUGUUUGGGCAGUCUACCAUAACUGGUCCUUCGAAUGGAACUUCGACACUGAAAAGGAUGUAAUUCAUAAAUACCAAGUGGUGGAAGUGCACGGAGAUUACAGUGAAGAUCGUGGAGUUUCGGUUAUACCCCUUGUGAAAGUGGCUGGAUUCACAACUCUCUUCCGCCGAAUGCCUGACCACAAUGUGGUUUGGACAAUUCCGAAGGAAGAGAUGUUCAGAUUCUCCCAUCAGGUGCCGAUGUUUAAGUUGGAUGGGAUGAAAGGCAAAGGUGCACCUGAGGGGUGCUAUGAGCUCGACCCUGCAGCUCUACCACCAGAACUGCUCGAGAUUAUUACAGAAGCGGAAGCAACCGAGGCAACCACUCAGAGAGUUUCCGAGCAUCGUGGUCAUGCCAGAAGGAUGGAUCCAAAAAUAACUGAGGUUUUUGGGAAGGGAAAUUAA